AUGGAGAUCCGUGAUUUGAUUGUUGCGGAGUUUUCAAGGAUCGUCUUGGAGGAUUUGUCGGGUAUGUUCGACACGAUCAAGAAGGAGCUAAUAGUUAUGAUGGAUGAGCGCCUGAGAGCCACCCACAACGAGCUGAGGGUUGAUUAUCCCAUGGCUUAUGAGUUAUCUUUUGUGAGUUUCACGCUUAUGGGACCACAUAUAUAUAUUUGGGAAGAAGGAUCCCAUUGUGAGCAUGCACUGGAUUGCAGAUAUGAAGAACGCGUUCAUGAUUUUUUUGCCUGUACUGAAUUCACAAGAGGAAAUAGGGAAGAGAUGGUGGGAACUGGACGGUCGUUUUAUGGUGUUGAAGAAAAGGGGGUAGUAGUAUGGCCGAUAAUAGUCUCAAACCUUCAUCCUUCGACCAUGGAGACCUCAUACAUCACAACACCGGCUGAGGGCGUUUGA